UUAUGCUAAGGAAAGAUAUGGAGUGUCAUCAAUGAUACAAUCCCAAGAGAAACCAGAUAGAGUUUUGAUUCGAAUAAAAGACUUGACAGUGGAGAAGGCUGAUGAAGUGGUUUGGGUUCGUGGCAGAAUUCAUACAAGCAGAGCUAAAGGGAAGCAGUGUUUCUUAGUCCUGCGUCAGCAGCAGUUUAAUAUCCAGGCUCUUGUGGCUGUGGGACAGCAUGCAAGCAAGCAGAUGGUAAAGUUUGCUGCCAACAUCAACAAAGAGAGCAUUGUGGAUGUAGAAGGCGUUGUGAGGAAAGCACAUCAGAAAAUCGGAGGUUGUACUCAGCAAGAUGUUGAGCUUCACAUUCAAAGGAUCUAUGUGAUCAGUUUAGCUGAACCCCGACUGCCCUUACAGCUGGAUGAUGCUGUUCGGCCAGAAGUGGAAGGAGAGGAGGAUGGAAGAGCUACUGUAAACCAAGAUACAAGACUGGACAACAGAGUCAUUGAUCUGAGGACCUCCACUAGUCAGGCAAUCUUCUGCCUUCAGUCUGGUAUUUGUCAGCUUUUCCGAGAAACUCUUAUUCGCAAGGGAUUUGUGGAAAUUCAGACCCCCAAAAUCAUUUCAGCUGCCAGUGAAGGAGGAGCCAAUGUGUUUACUGUAUCAUACUUCAAAAGCAGUGCCUACCUGGCUCAGUCCCCACAGCUGUACAAGCAGAUGUGUAUAUGUGCUGACUUUGAAAAGGUUUUUUGUGUUGGGCCAGUAUUUAGAGCUGAGGACUCCAACACACACAGACACCUGACUGAGUUUGUUGGUCUGGAUAUUGAAAUGGCUUUUAACUAUCACUAUCAUGAAGUGGUAGAUGAGAUUGCAGAUACCUUGGUGCAAAUAUUCAAGGGACUUCAGGAAAGAUUCCAAACUGAAAUUCGGACAGUGAACAAACAGUUCCCAUGUGAGCCGUUUAAGUUUUUGGAGCCAACUCUGAGGCUGGAAUACCGUGAAGCUGUGGCCAUGCUUAGAGAGGCUGGUGUUGAGAUGGGUGAUGAAGAAGAUCUGAGCACACCUAAUGAAAAGCUCCUGGGACGCCUGGUAAAGGAGAAGUAUGACACAGACUUCUAUAUUCUUGACAAAUAUCCUCUUGCUGUGAGGCCUUUUUAUACAAUGCCAGACCCAGUAAAUCCCAAAAACUCUAACUCUUACGAUAUGUUCAUGAGAGGGGAAGAGAUCUUGUCUGGAGCUCAGAGAAUUCACGAUCCUCAGCUGCUGACAGAAAGAGCCCAGCAUCACGGCAUCGAUUUGGAGAAAAUAAAGGCUUAUAUUGAUUCCUUUCGUUUUGGUGCACCUCCACACGCAGGUGGUGGAAUAGGGCUGGAAAGAGUAACCAUGCUGUACCUAGGGCUGCAUAAUGUUCGUCAGACCUCCAUGUUCCCACGGGAUCCCAAACGACUGACACCCUAACAUGAGUGGCUUCUGAAAGUUUGAGAUUAUUUGCCCUGCAAAUAUGGUACGAUUGCAAGCAUAUCCCCUGCUACUGAUGAACCUGUAUUGAUUUGAGCAUUAUAAUAUGCAAUUAAAAAAAAAACCUCAUUUACUGAAGUGCCACAAUAAUUUUUUUUAUCCUUAGCUGUUUAUUUAAAAGAAAAUAUUUUAACAGAUCAAGACUCUUUGUAUUGGCAAAUGUGCACAUUUUUAAUGAAAAUGUGAUACUUCGAGUUAGUGUUCUAGUGUCACGUUAAAUAGUAUCAUGUUUCUAAACAUUUUAAUAAAUUAUGCAACGAAAAUUCUGCAUUUUUAACUUAUGUCAGCAAGAUUGAAUGUUCUGAAGUACAGAAUUGGCUCAAAGCUAAAAUAACUGGAUGCUUGCAAUUUAAAAAUCAGGAGGAAACCAGCCAAUUGUUAAUUUACAUGAGUGUCAGGUAGAGAAGCAGGUGAGAACAACAUUCUUAACAAAGUCUUCAUAUGAAAUUGUGAAAAUGGAUUGCAAUAAAUCUCAAAGUAAAUUAGAUACAAUAUCUGUCUUUCUGGUUUUUGCUUUGCAUCCUUACAAGAUAAUCAUGAAUCGAUAAGUGUUGUGGGGUUUUUUUUAACGGAUGCAAUAACUGCCUAAAGUUUAAAUUUAUUUUCUAUCUUCUUCCCUUUUUUUUGAAAGUUGUAUACAAGCCAUAGGCCCGUUCUUUAUUUUAUGUUACUAUUUGAGAAUGGAUAGAAGGUUACAUGCACUCAUGGAAUACACAAGGGAUAUAUAAUUUAAUAGUAAUAAUUUUCUCAGAAAAUAAAUGGACGGUGAGUUUGAUAGCAGGUCGUGUGGUUUUUAGCCUGACCCAGCCUCUAGGAUAACAACAACUCAGCAAGGAUUUCAUGUAUCAUGUAUGCCAGUGAAAGAAAAGCAAAUAAUGUAAGCCAACCUAUUUCAGGUUUCUUCAUUUAUAAGUGCUGUGAACAGCCCAACUGUUGUACAUUUAGAGGAAUUGGAUGUUUCUGUAAGUCAGAGUACUUCUAAAAAUCUUUCUAGACAUCCUUUUUCUCAAAUGAAUCGCCUACUUGAACCUCCUCAAUUUGCAGUGAUGCGCAAAGCUACUUCUCUUCCUCCUCCUCCCAACCCAAAGGAUGUGCCCUGCAUUUGGAGAGGAACCAGUGUAUUUGAAACUUCCUUUUAUGGACUGCAUCUGAUAGUUGUUUUUCAAAUUUAAAACCUUUUUUAAAGUGUGGAUGCCAAAGAGCAAAGGAUUAAAUUCCUUACUUGGGCACUGCAAUAGAGUUACUCUAAUAUUCACGCAUAUUUGUAAUUCCUGACUUAAUUUUUGCUUAACAUUUUACAUGAUAAAGAGCUUUCAGUAGGAGGUAUGGUUUAGACAGUCUGUGUUAUUGUUGCUACCUUGAUUUUUAAAUGUCAGAGAAGUCACAUAUUGGUUAUGCUACAGAAAGGUCAGUGAGGCUGUGUAUAAAUUGUGUAGAAUUUCACAAAAGGGCAAAUCAUCUUUUGCAGCUGCCAUUGAACAAGACUUAAUUUUAAUGUUUUGUGGCAAGAGUUCUCCAUUAUAAAACAAUCAUACUAAAGGUCAGUUAGGUAAAGUACUGGAAACGUGAAAGUUAAACUUUGUUUAGAAGUCACACAAUUCAAGGAAUAACACACUUUGCAGCUUUGCUUAUGAGCCUGUUGUAAUUAAUUUACCAUGGAAUUUUCCCCAAAUUGUUGACUUUAAAAUCUUACAGUGUACCCAGUUGUACUUUACAAAGCUAAGUGGAUUAUAAACACAGUUUAUCAUCACAGAUUUAUUAUUGAUGAACGCAACUUUCAAAACAGUUGUUUGUUCAGUUAAGCCAGCUGGAAUGAAUUUAAUUUAAUUACUUUUGUUCAUAUGGAACUAGUAAUGUAUCCCACAUCGGAAGCGCGUCCUUCUAAUAAGGAGCAAAAUUACUGACUUACAUUUCAUGCCAACAAAAACAAUAUUCUGAGAACUAUGUUUCUUGCUCUAGAUUUGGCAGCAAGUUUUGUGCAUACAUUCCUGUAACAACUGUGCUUAUCCCAAUUCUGUUAAGAGUUGUUCAAGCUCAUGUUGUAGUUUGAUUUAUUCACAGUAGCUGCACAAGAACAAGAAUUCGGAUGGAGACCCCAAUUCCUUUGUACGCAGAAUCCUUUCACGCAGUUUUUCUUAGCUAACUGAAAAUAAUUAUGAUCAUAAAUAAAAAUGCGAAAUGCA